AUGACAGCAACUUUCACCAUUAAACCAAUUUCCGAAUCGACACCAUCCAAAAUUCAAACGACCAUAAAAUCAUUAGUAGUUGACGAUAAUUUAAUAACCGGUAAAAUCCUCUCAAAGAUUCUGACCAAAGAAUUCAAUCAUCAAGUAACUUGUGUAUCGAGUGGUAAUGAAGCUUUGAAUAAAUUAUCACAAAAUGUUUAUGAUCUUGUAUUUAUGGAUAUUGACAUGCCAGAAUUAUCUGGUGUUGAAACUAGUAUCAAGAUAAGAAAUUCGAAUAAUGUUAUGGAAGAAAACAGAGUAGUCCCCAUAUUCGCUUAUACUACCAAUAAGUGGGAUGAAAAGUUUUUAAAUGCUGGCAUG